AAUAUCACCAUAGACUAGCAAUGUAGCCAUUAUGUAAGCAAAUAAAAAAGUAGUGCAUAUUUUUCAACAUGUAUCAUCCUUCUCUUUUACUCUUAUACAAAUUACGUAUGUAUCAGUAGCGCCAUUAUAGAACAUCGAGUGACUUUUUUUUUACGUAGUGUUCAUGACUAUAAUCAGCCAACCUCUAUAGUCCAUCACUUUUCAUCAAUUCAAAAAAAGUUGGACUGUGCAUGUCUCAGAAAAAUGGCGAUUGAUAAAUUUUUGUUCAUUAUUUGAAAGUACAGUCCUAGGAUAUACAAUAAAAUCGUUUAUUAUCUGGUUGUAAAGCUGUGAACAAAACCAGGGAAUGGCUGACGCUGUGGUGGAGCGGAGACCUCCCGCUCGCUUCUUUUGCCACAGGUGUAACAUAGAAUUUGAGGAUGUUUUGCAGGAUUACAGAUGUCCAUAUUGUGCGAGUGGGUUCAUUGAACAGCUUGAGAGUGAGGCAGAGGGCUCGGCACUCUCCGGAGAUGACUUCAGUGAUGCAGACAUGAGCAAUUUAGAUGAUUCAGACGAUACACAUCAAAGCGCCAGCCACCCGAUGCUGAGUGACUUGGCGUUUCUUAUGUCAGGAGGGCGACACCGCGGCGGCGGGCGGCCGGAGACCCUACUGGAGCAGCUGGUGUAUUCCAUCAGCGGCAGCGGCCCGCUGGGCGGCGCUGCCGUCACCGCAGGCGCGCCCUUCGUGCUCGUCGGAGCGCCCGGCGAUUACGUGUUCGGCGGGGAGGGUUUAGACGCGGUGGUGACACAGUUACUAGGACAGCUCGAGAACGCGGGGCCGCCGCCGCUGCCUCGGGAACAAAUCGCCGCCAUCCCCAGUGAGGCCAUCACGGAAGAACAGGCCGCCGCCAACACAUCAUGCUCAGUGUGCUGGGAGAACUUCCAGUUCGGCGAGAUGGUGUCCAAGCUGCAGUGCGAGCACGUAUUCCACUCGACGUGCAUAGAGCCGUGGCUGCAGCUGCACGCCACGUGCCCUAUCUGCCGGCGCUCGCUGCUCACGGAGGAGCCCCAAGCCGAGCCCCAAGCCGACCAGGAGCCGCCCGCGCCGCCGCCGCGGCCCAGCUCCACAAUGGUCGACUUGCCGCGGGUGCGGCUGCGGCGGCUGGCGCGGCGCCGGGCGCCGGGCGCGGCGUGGGACGCGGCCGCGGACUCGUCCUCGUCGUCAGACGCGUCCGUGACGGCGGGCGGGCUGUGGGCCGGCCCGCAGGGGGGCUCCACCUCCACCUCGUCGCUCAACUCCCCCGCCACAGACGCGUCGCGCGACAACAUGUACAACAUGGACAUUGACUUCGACUAGGGGCGCCCCCGGCC